AUGCCGUUUUCAAACAGAGAGGCGCCCUGGAAAUCGCUCGUGAGAAAAACACUGCGCGCGAUUUACACCCGGUUUCACACCCGCCUCUGCUUCACGCGCAUUGGCCUCGACGGUAUGCCACCCCAAUACCACGGCUUCCUUUCCCGUCAAGUUCCCUUCCCGCGCCCUCCUUUCCCGUCGCCCGCGCAACAUUCCCGUCGCCCACCCUACCCGUUGCCCGCGCUUCUUCCCGUCGCCGUCCGUAAUAUUCGUCAGUCUCCCGUCGGCUCGUCCCAUCGUUUUCCCUGUCUCCCUCUCUCUCCGUCGCCCUCGCAAUCCGGGUCUCCCUCUCUCCCCCUCGCCCUCGCUUUCCCCGUCAAUGAGGCACCGCCGCCCUCCCUUUCCCCGUCGCCCUGCCAUCCACUGCUCGUCUCCCUCGCCUUCCCUCCCGCCUCCCUUCCCAUCUCGCACGCGUGUCACCCUACCCCGUGCCCUGCUUCCCCCCCUCCCCGCCUCCUCUACCCCCCAUCCCCCUCCCUGCGUCCCCCCAUCCUCUUCAUUCAUUCCCCACCUCCCAAGCCCUGCUUCCCCCCAACCGCAUUUCUGCUUCCCCCCCUCCCCAUCCAUGCUUCCCCAUGUCCUCUUCCCUGCUUCCCCCACUCCCUUUCCAUGCUUCCCCAUGUCCUCUUCCCUGCUUCCCCCCCUCCCCAUCCAUGCUUCCCCAUGUCCUCUUCCCUGCUUCCCCCCCUCCCCGUCCAUGCUUCCCCAUGUCCUCUUCCCUGCUUCCCCCCCUCCCCAUCCAUGCUUCCCCAUGUCCUCUUCCCUGCUUCCCCCCCUCCCCAUCCAUGCUUCCCCAUGUCCUCUUCCCUGCUUCCCCCCCUCCCCGUCCAUGCUUCCCCAUGUCCUCUUCCCUGCUUCCCCCCCUCCCCAUCCAUGCUUCCCCAUGUCCUCUUCCCUGCUUCCCCCCCUCCCCGUCCAUGCUUCCCCAUGUCCUCUUCCCUGCUUCCCCCUCUCCCCGUCCAUGCUUCCCCAUGUCCUCUUCCCUGCUUCCCCCCCCCUCGUCCAUGCUUCCCCAUGUCCUCUUCCCUGCUUCCCCCCCUCCCCAUCCAUGCUUCCCCAUGUCCUCUUCCCUGCUUCCCCCCCUCCCCAUCCAUGCUUCCCCAUGUCCUCUUCCCUGCUUCCCCCCCUCCCCGUCCAUGCUUCCCCAUGUCCUCUUCCCUGCUUCCCCCCCUCCCCAUCCAUGCUUCCCCAUGUCCUCUUCCCUGCUUCCCCCCCUCCCCAUCCAUGCUUCCCCAUGUCCUCUUCCCUGCUUCCCCCCCUCCCCAUCCAUGCUUCCCCAUGUCCUCUUCCCUGCUUCCCCCCCUCCCCAUCCAUGCUUCCCCAUGUCCUCUUCCCUGCUUCCCCCCCUCCCCUUCCCUGCGUCCCCCCAUGUCCUUCCCUGCUUCCCCCCCUCCCCUUCCCUGCGUCCCCCCAUGUCCUUCCCUGCUUCCCCCCCUCCCCUUCCCUGCGUCCCCCCAUCCCCUUCCCUGCUUCCCCCCAUCCCCUUCCCUGCUUCCCCCCAUCCCCUUCCCGUCUUCCCCCCAUCCCCCUCCCUGCGUCCCCCCAUCCUCUUCAUUCUUUCCCCUUCUCCCAAACCCUGCUCCCCCCCAUCCGCAUUUCUGCUUCCCCCCAUCCCAUCCCCUGCCCAGCUUCCCCCUAUCCCCUUCCCGUCUUCCCCCCAUCCCCUGCCCUGCUUCCCCCCAUCCCUGCACUGCUUCCCCCCAUCCCCUGCCCUGCUUCCCCCCAUCCCCUGCACUGCUUCCCCCCAUCCCCUGCCCUGCUAAACCCCCAUCCCCUUCCCUGCUUCCCCCCAUCCCCUUCCCUGCUUCCCCCCAUCCCCUUCCCGCGUUCCCCCUAUCCCCCUCCCUGCUUCCCCUCACCCCCAUCCCUGCUUCCCCCCAUCCCGUGCCCUGCUUCCCCCCAUCCCCUUCCCGCCUUCCCCCCAUCCCCCUCCCUGCGUCCCCCCAUCCUCUUCAUUCUUUCCCCUUCUCCCAAACCCUGCUCCCCCCCAUCCGCAUUUCUGCUUCCCCCCAUCCCCUUCCCUGCUUCCCCCCAUCCCCUGCCGAGCUUCCCCCCAGCCCCUGCCCUGCUUCCCCCCAUCCCCUUCCCUGCUUCCCCCCGUCCCCUUCCCGUCUUCCCCCCAUCCCCCUCCCUGCGUCCCCCCAUCCUCUUCAUUCUUUCCCCUUAUCCCAAGCCCUGCUUCCGCCCAUCCGAUUUUCUGCAUCCCCCCCUCCCCUUCCCUGCUUCCCUGCAGUGUCUCCUCGACCGCCACUCCACUUUGCUCCCCACACAUUUCACCGCCCUCCCGCCAUAGUCCAUUCAGGCCAAUUCCCUCCCCCCACCUCCUUCGGUGUGCAUCCCUCCACAUCCCCCUCCCCAUCCCCCUCCCCACCACCAGGCUUCCGCCCUGCUAGUAUGGCAUCGGUCGCCGCGCUUCUGUGGCACCUCUGUUCGCGUGCACAUCGGCCUGUGAUGCAGUCUACUGCACCGCACAUCACCGUCACAUUUUGUCCAUUGAUGAGUCUAUUCCCCCUCUGCUUCACCCCUUCCCCUCCACAGUCUAGUGCACAUGGUGGUGGACAGGGUGGGGGGAUUCUUCGCCUCUUGGGAACACGCACCUUGCUCCGCCUCACUACACCAUUCCCUGCCUCUUCCCCCUCCACUACCCCCCCUCCCCUCCGUGCUUCUGCUAGCAUCCCUCCUGCUGCUCCCUCUGUUAUGUCCUCUCCUGCAACCCCCUUCCAACACAGGCGCACCGCUUGCACCCCGCUCACACUACUCCGUGUACCCACCCACUGUGUCUCGGAUCUCAGCAGCAUCAGUUCCCACUGUUGGUGUUAG